GCCAGCUUCCUCCCCGUUUCGCUCCGAGUUGCUUCUCUCUCUCUUUUUCUUUUAUUAUUUUCUUUUCGUAGCUUUCACUUAGAUUCAGUCACCAUGGCUUUGCCAGACUGCCCGGCGGCACAACUGGCCCAAUUAUUUGGUGCUAACACAACCAAUGCCGGCGCUGCCGCCAGCUUCAUCUGCGACCGAUUCACCGCCGUCACAAACAAGUUCUCCGACACCACCUUCGCUGUCGACAGUACCUACCUCCUCAACUCCGCUUACCUCGUUUUCGCCAUGCAACUCGGCUUCGCUAUGCUCUGCGCCGGCUCCGUUCGAGCCAAAAACAGCAUGAACAUCAUGCUCACCAACGUCCUCGACGCCGCCACUGGCGGUCUCUUCUACUACCUCUUUGGUUUUGCUUUUGCCUUCGGAGCUCCGUCCAAUGGUUUCAUCGGCCGCCACUUCUUCGGCCUCAAAGACAUCCCAGACACCAACUUUGACUACAGCUACUUCCUUUAUCAGUGGGCUUUCGCCAUCGCUGCCGCCGGAAUCACCAGUGGCUCCAUCGCCGAGAGAACCCAGUUCGUAGCGUAUCUCAUCUACUCGUCGUUCUUAACAGGUUUCGUUUACCCCGUCGUGUCCCACUGGUUCUGGUCCGGUGACGGUUGGGCCAGUCCCACCAAUUCAUCCAACUUACUUUUCGGAACCGGAGUGAUAGAUUUUGCCGGCUCCGGUGUGGUUCACCUCGUCGGUGGUAUCGCUGGUCUUUGGGGUGCUCUCAUCGAAGGUCCCAGAAUUGGCAGAUUCGAUCAUACAGGUCGACCCCUAGCUCUUCGUGGACACAGUGCCACUCUUGUCGUUCUCGGAACUUUCUUGCUCUGGUUUGGAUGGUAUGGAUUCAAUCCAGGUUCGUUCACGAAGAUUCUCAGCUCUUACGAAUCUGGAAGUUACUACGGCCAAUGGAGCGCGGUGGGCCGAACAGCCGUGACCACCACACUAGCUGGUUGCUCCGCAGCAUUGACCACUCUCUUCGGCAAACGUAUACUCUCCGGCCACUGGAACGUGACGGACGUCUGCAAUGGUUUGCUAGGCGGGUUCGCCGCCAUCACCUCCGGGUGCUCCGUCGUGGAGCCAUGGGCAGCAAUUAUUUGCGGGGUCGUGGCAGCGGUGGUUUUGAUCAGUUGCAACAAGCUGGCCGAGAAGGUGAGGUUCGACGAUCCGCUGGAGGCGACGCAAUUGCACGGCGGAUGCGGCGCGUGGGGGAUAAUCUUCACGGCGUUGUUUGCUAAAGGAGAGUAUGUGGAUCAGGUGUACCCGGGUAAAUCGGGUAGACCACACGGGUUGUUUAUGGGUGGAGGAGGGAGGCUAUUGGGUGCUCACGUGAUCCAGAUUUUGGUGAUAGUCGGGUGGGUCAGCGCCACCAUGGGCACCCUGUUCUUCAUCCUUCAUAAGCUCAAACUAUUAAGGAUCUCACCCGAAGACGAGAUGGCGGGUAUGGAUCUGACCAGACAUGGAGGAUUCGCUUACGUGUACGAAGAUGAAUCCCACAAACACGGGAUUCAGUUGAAAAAAAUCGAACCGAAUGCUACUACUCCCACAAUGGAACUGUAAUCGGCUAAUCGCGACUUUUCUACGUUUUUUUUUUUUUUUUCUGUCUUUCAGAUAAAAUGUCAAUCUUGGACUUAAGUUAUUGUUUUUGGUAUGGUGUUAUCAGCAGCACGUGCUUUGUUAUGUACAAUUACGACGUAGUUAGAAAUUUUAUAUGUUAAACAUGAUGGUAUUUGUGUGGUAAGUAAUUAUCCUAUUUUCAUUCAUGUAUACAAUGAAGCAAUUACUAA